CGAGCGAACUAACAAACAAGUCGGGAAAGAUUCAGAAUCAAAGAUUUGUUACAGCCUCCAAGGAUUUAAAAAAUGUCGAAAACAUACCGGCUCGGAAACUGGCUUGGGGCCGACCUCAAAACAAUCUACAAGUAUAUCAAGCAGAUGCGCAGAGCAGAUCAACUUACUCGUCCUUCGCUGUUGGCCUUGCAAGAUCUGAUCGAAACUGACCCAGAAGUCAACAUGCUUUUUUCAACCAUGUUUACUUACAAAUUCCCCGACCCAGACAUCCCAGAGAGCCCCAUCUCAGACUACAUGGAUAUGUUACUGAAGAUGCAGACUGUCAUGAGUGGAGCCCCUGUAUAUAACAGCGUGCUUGGCAGUGCCCCUCUUAACAGCCUCCUCGUCUACGUGAUGGCCACCCCUCCUGGAACCAUGGCUUUCAUCAAUGAUAAAGUCAACAAGUGCUUCAGAUUUAUUCUAAGGGAUUGGGCGCAGUACUUGAGCAACGAAGAUUCGAAAAUAGUUUUGAAUUCUACGGAUGGAUGGUUGUGCCCCGAGUCAUUGGCGACAAUGCCUGGUUUUCUUGACACGUACCAAGUCGAUAUGAGUGAUCCUGUGUACUAUGGUUUCAAGUCAUGGAAUGAUUUCUUCGCCAGAAAACUGAGAACCGACGUGGACGUACGCCCGGUCGCCCAUCCCAAUGAUCCAUUUGUCAUCUGUUCCCCCUGCGAAGCCUUUCCGUACUUUAUCGAGAGACAGCCGAAGCACCGCGAUGAAUUUUGGAUCAAGGCCCAACCGUACAGCUUGCAACAUCUGCUCGAUGACGACGCCUUGACUGAAAAGUACGUGGACGGGACCGUGUACCAGGCCUUUCUCAGCUCUGCCAACUACCAUCGCUGGCAUGCACCAGUUGAUGGUACAAUAACCAAGGCAUACAUCAAGGAAGGCGCGUACUACGCAGAAGCUCUCUCAAUGGGUUAUGAUCCAACAGCCAAUACCUAUUCCCAACGCUACCUCAGUCACGUGAAUACCCGAGCCAUAAUCCACAUCGACACAGGCCACUCGGCUAUUGGUACGGUGAUCUUCAUCGCUGUCGGAAUGGCAGAGAUCUCAAGCUGUCCUAUUGAGGUCUACUAUGGAGAGAACGUGAAGAAAGGCGACCCCCUGGGUACCUUCAUGUUUGGUGGGUCAACCUACUGCAUGUUAUUCCAACGCGGCGUGAAUUUGAGCUUUGUUGCCGAGAGUAUCCCGGAAGAAGACUGGCCAACAAGUUUGCAACUGGUGAAAAGUCAUCUCGGCACAGUCAGAAUAUCCCACAAGAAAGGGCGCUAAUUUCUGGAGCCUUUUAGAAGGGGACUGGUUUAAACUUAGCUGUGACCACAAUCAUGCAUCAUAGUUCUUAGAACUAUUACUAGUAUAGUAACAUAGAACUUUUGAUAUUGACAGGAAGUUGGUUAGUUUAAAUGUACUGCUUAACUGGUUCUUACACCAGGUGUUAAAAACAACAUAGACUUUGCAUGGGUGGGUAUAGAGUUUAUAUGUUUAUUGAUGACACAUAAAAUACUUUGAUGCAUUUAAUAAAACAGUUUCUGGUGAUUGAUAUAUGUGGAAGUCAUAUUAUCAUUACUUGUGACAUAGAAGCUGUCAUAAUAGACUACUUUUUGUUCAAC